CAGUAGUGCUCCUUCUAUCGCUAGGGGAGGGGGCGUCCAACGAUGAUUGAUACGACGAUGAUCUCCGCAUGACAAGGGGAGCUUAGAGGCGGCUUUACGCUCCGUUAGACUACCUCUUCCUUCCUAUCUUAUUUCCUUCGUUCUUCCAUUCUUGCUCUCUUGUCAAAUCUCAUUAGAAAGCUCCAAGCUCUUAGAAUAUCAUAAUCAAUCCGUAUUCCACACCCGAUAUGCCUGUAGAUUCUAAGUACCCAGCACUUCCAAUUCCAGAUACAGACCUAUGGGGGUUUCUCUUCGAGCGGAAAGAUAGACCAUACCCUGACGACAAAGUCAUCUACUUCGAUCCCUACACCUCCCGAUCAUACACCUAUGCACAAGUCAGAGACACAGCUAUCGAAUUUGGGAAAGGUCUGAAGGGCCUCUGGGAUUGGCAGACGGGAGAUGUCCUCGCGCUAUACACGCCGAACUGCAUCGACACGCCCGCGGUAACAUGGGGCUGUCUAUGGGCGGGCGGGAUCCUGAGUCCGACCAAUCCUGGCUACACCGCCGAUGAGCUAGCCUUCCAGCUCAAGGAUUCAGGCGCGAAGGCUCUGGUGACGCAGAUGCCGUUCAUUAAGACGGCGAGGGAGGCUGCGAGUAGAGUCGGCAUCCCUCAAGACAGGGUCAUCAUCAUUGGCGACGAGCGCGAUCCAGAACACAAGGCGAAGCACUUCACGAGCAUUCAGAACAUCUCUAAGUCGACGAGAUGGCGGAGGACGAAGAUGAAGAAACCGAGUGAGGACCUUGCGUUCUUGGUAUAUUCUUCUGGAACUACUGGGCAUCCCAAGGGUGUCAUGCUCACGCAUCGAAAUAUCGUUGCGAAUACUAUGAUGAUCAAAGCCGCCGAGGCGGGAAAUCUCAAUUGGAAAGGCGGCCCAACUGGGGAGGGUGAUAAGCUAUUAGCUUUCCUACCUUUCUUCCACAUCUACGGCCUCACAUGUUUGAUUCACCAGAGUCUGUAUUCAGGCCUGCAACUCAUCGUCAUGCCGCGAUUCCACCUCGAAGACGUUUGCCGCUUCAUCCAAGAACUCAAAAUCACAUUCGCCUACGUAGCGCCUCCCGUCGUUCUCCUCCUCAGCAAAGACCCCGUGGUCUCCAAAUACGACCUCAGCUCCAUCCGCAUGAUGAACUCCGGAGCCGCUCCUCUCACGCGAGAACUCGUUGAAGCAGUCCACAACCGUCUCAAGAUCCCCGUGAAACAGGGCUACGGGCUCUCCGAGACGAGUCCCACCACGCACACGCAGCCCUGGAGCGACUGGAACAAGACCAUCGGCUCGGUGGGAACUCUGCUGCCGUACCAGACCGCGAAGUACAUGUCUCCGGAGGAGAAGGAGGUGCCGGUCGGUGAGGUGGGAGAGCUAUGGAUCAAGGGUCCCAACGUCUUCAAGGGAUAUCUGAAUAAUCCCGAAGGCACGGCUAAUGCUUUGACUGCUGAUGGGUAUUUCAAGACGGGCGACGUCGGGUAUCAAGAUAAGGACGGCAAUUUCUACAUUACCGAUCGCGUUAAGGAGUUGAUCAAGUACAAGGGAUUCCAGGUUGCGCCUGCAGAACUCGAGGGCUAUCUCGUGGCUCAUCCGAACGUCAACGACGUUGCCGUAAUUGGUGUCUUCGACAAGGAGCAGGCCACCGAGCUUCCGAGAGCGUAUAUUGUGCCCGCGAAUGGUCUUGGGAAGGGGGAGAAGGAGGCGAAGGAGAUUGUGGAGUGGCUGAACAAGAAAGUGGCGAACCACAAGAAGUUGCGGGGCGGUAUCAGGUUCGUCGAUGAGAUCCCUAAGAGCAUAAGUGGAAAGAUCUUGAGGAGGUUGCUCAAGGUAAAGGCUCAAGAGGAAGAGAAUGCAGCUAAAUCUAAGCUAUAAAAUGCAUAUGUAGAUAGUCAACUUCAAGAUGCUGUCAAAAUAUGGGCUGUCUCAUUUCAUUAUUGUCCUUGUUUGACUCUAUCUAUUCGCUG